UUGUUGUUGUUGUUCUUCAAGGAGAUCAAUCAUUUUGUAAACAGAAAUUUAGCGAUUCAAAAAUGGAAGGGACACAGUCGAGAUUCAAGAGGAUUUGUGUGUUUUGUGGAAGCAGUUCUGGGAAGAAGCCUACCUACCAAUCUGCUGCUGUGGAGCUUGGCCAAGAACUGGUGGAGAGAAGCAUUGAUCUUGUUUAUGGAGGUGGGAGCGUGGGAUUGAUGGGUCUUGUUUCUCAGGCUGUUCAUGAUGGCGGGCGCCAUGUUCUAGGAGUAAUUCCAAGGACCCUAAUGACUGUAGAGAUAACUGGUGAGAGUGUUGGAGAAGUUAAACCCGUGUCGGAUAUGCACCAACGGAAGGCCGAGAUGGCUCGACAAGCCGAUGCUUUCAUUGCUUUACCUGGAGGAUAUGGGACGCUUGAAGAGCUUCUUGAAGUUAUUACAUGGGCACAACUUGGAAUCCAUCGCAAGCCUGUGGGACUGUUGAAUGUGGAUGGAUAUUACAAUUCGUUGCUGAGUUUCAUUGAUAAGGCAGUUGAUGAAGGCUUUGUGUCGCCAACCGCACGUCGUAUUAUUGUGUCUGCCCCAACUGCCAAGGCCUUAGUCAGACAACUUGAGGAAUACGUACCGGAGUACGACGAGAUAACGUCACAGUUGGUGUGGGAAGAUGUUGACAGGAGAAGUUACGUGGCCGAAUCAGAGAUCGCCACGUAAUUCAUGAAAAAAGCAAGGUCAAAGUGGCGUUACUUGGGUAUAUAAAUAUAAAUAUUAUAAAAACCGUUAAAUAUCUUUAUGAGCAAAGCAUGCCAUCUUCGCAUUGCAACUUCCAACACAGGGAACUAUCCAUUUUCUUUUUUUUUUUUUUUUUUUUUUUUUUUUUUUUCUUUUUUUGGUUGUGGGCAAUUUGGCCAUUUAUGUAUACUUGUUGGAAGUGAAAAGAAAUGAAAAGAAAUUGGAAAC